AUGGGUCACGAUGAAUCGCCGGAGAACGGUCAUUCACAGCACCAGGACGUGCCCGAGACCAGCGGGAAUGUAGAACAGCCAACACAGAAGAAACCCCAAGAUCAGAACGCUACAUUCCUCCGUGCCGCUCGUGCCGGGAACCUACAACAAGUCCUCGACUUUCUCCACAACGGUGUCAACAUCAAUACCUGCAACUCCAACGGCUUGAACGCUCUGCAUCUGGCUUCGAAAGAGGGACACAACGAAGUCGUGCGAGAGCUGAUACGUCGUGGAGCUGAGGUAGAUUCAGCUACGAGGAAAGGCAACACGGCGCUUCAUAUUGCAUCGUUGGCCGGCCAAGACAUCAUCGUUACCAUCUUGGUGGAGAACGGUGCCAAUGUGAAUGCACAGAGCUUGAACGGCUUCACACCGUUGUAUAUGGCAGCUCAGGAGAACCACGAGAACGUUGUACGAUACCUACUAUCACACGGUGCCAACCAAGCCUUGGCUACUGAAGAUGGAUUCACACCAUUGGCUGUAGCUCUACAACAAGGUCACGACCGUGUUGUAGCUUUAUUGUUAGAGAACGACAACAGCAGUAAAGUAAAGCUACCAGCACUACACAUCGCGGCCAAGAAGGACGACACUCGAGCAGCUACAUUACUACUACAAAGUGAACAGAAUCCGAAUGUGACAUCGAAGAGUGGAUUCACGCCUCUUCAUAUCGCUGCUCACUACGGUAAUGAAAAUGUAGCCAGUCUUCUGAUUGAGAAAGGAGCUGAUGUCAACCACAAAGCUCGUCACGAUAUCACCCCUCUACACGUUUCAUCGAAGUGGGGUCGUGUGAAUCUGUGUAAACUGCUUCUGGAUAACAAUGCCAUCAAGGACAGCAGAACUCGUGACUUGCUGACUCCACUGCAUUGUGCUGCUCGAUCUGGUCAUGAUCUCGUUGUUGAUAUCUUGUUAGAAAACGAUGCUCCAAUCAACGCCAAGACCAAGAACGGUCUAGCUCCACUUCACAUGGCGGCACAGGGUGAUCACGUUGAAUGUGCCAGAAUCUUACUGUACCACCAUGCUCCAGUAGAUGAUGUUACAGUAGAUUACUUGACACCUUUACAUGUAGCAGCUCAUUGCGGGCACGUUCAAGCAGCCAAGCUGCUACUGGACCGUCACGCCGAUCCCAAUGCCAGAGCCUUGAACGGCUUCACUCCCCUUCACAUCGCUUGCAAAAAAAACAGAAUCAAGGUUGUUGAGCUGCUACUUAAGUACUACGCUUCCAUGGAAGCUACAACUGAAUCUGGGCUUGCUCCACUUCACGUUGCUUCGUUCAUGGGAUGCAUCAACAUCGUCAUGUACCUGAUUCAACAGGGAGCCAAAGUAGACGUAGAGACUGUUAGAGGAGAAACCCCACUGCAUUUAGCUGCUAGAGCUAAUCAGACCGAUAUUGUUAGAGUACUAGUACGGAACGGAGCCAACGUGAACGCCAAAGCUCGCGAACUUCAGACUCCACUCCACAUCGCUUGUAGAUUAGGUAACACAGACAUUGUACUUAUCUUAUUAAAUGCCAAAGCUGACCCCAACGCCGCUUCCAAAGACGAAUAUACAGCUUUGCACAUCGCUGCCAAGGAGAACAAAGAAGAAGUCGCACAGAUUCUUCUUGAUCACAACGCCAACCAGAAGGCUUUGACAAAGAAAGGCUUCACUCCUCUUCAUCUGGCUGCCAAGUACGGUAACUACGAUGUAGCCAAACUUCUGUUGGAACGAGGAACUCCAGUCGACAUUGAAGGCAAAAACCAAGUCACCCCUCUCCACGUUGCUGCUCAUUACAACAACGAUCGUGUGGCACAGCUUCUGCUACAAAAUGGAGCCGGAGCACAAGCUACGGCCAAGAACGGCUACACUCCACUUCACAUUGCGGCCAAGAAGAAUCAGAUGGAGAUAGCCAGCUCGUUACUCAGCUACAAAGCCGACCCCAACGCUACGAGCAAAGCCGGCUUCACUCCUCUGCAUUUGGCUUCAGAAUCUGGCCACAACGAGAUGGCGGCGCUACUGAUCGAGAACGGCUCCAAAGUCAACGCUACGGCCAACAAUGGCCUGACGCCACUUCAUCUGUGUGCCCAAGAAGACAAGGUCGAAGCUGCUAGAGUGCUGUUGGCCAAUAGAGCUGAAGUCAAUGCUAAGACCAAAGCCGGCUACACACCGCUACACGUAGCGUGUCACUUUGGACAACUGAACAUGGUCAGACUUCUGAUGGAGCACGGUGCUUUGGUGGGAUCGGAAACGAGUGCUGGCUACACCCCGCUUCAUCAAGCUGCUCAACAAGGUCACAACAGUGUGGUUAGGUAUCUUCUGGAGCAUGGAGCUAGUCCUAACACUAAGACUGCGGUAAGUAAUCAAGUUACCAUAUCUUUGAUUUUUAAAGCUGAAAAAUUUAAAAAAGAAUCAGUCUAGGAUUUAUACUAACUUUUAAAAGCUGUUACCUAAAUGAUUUUAAGAAAGAAUUUAAAUUUAAAACUUCAAAAGAACUGACCCAAUUCAGCUAGACUCUUUCGUAUCCCCAAAAUUAACUUUGCAGUAUUUAAAAAACAAUCCCACGCCAACAAUAAAUACCGUUAGAUAAUCCGCAGCGGGGAAAUAAACAAACCUUUUGAAUAUGAAACGAUCCAUUUCGUUUUGUAGAAUAUUUUGGUCAGUUCAAGGCUUUCAGUCAACUACUGCUUACUUUUUUGAAAUUCUUUCGUUUUUUUACUUCAAAAAUCUAGUCGAAAAAUUUUUUGAGUUGUUUUAGGUAAUAACAGUUACAUUUUUGUCACAAAAUGAAUUAUUAAGGUCUCAAAAGCAUUGGCACUUCAAACAAAAGUACUGCAAAAUAGUGCCAAAACUUUUGUUACCUAAAAACUUGCUUUGAACCCAAAUAUAAUAUUCGUUUCGAUAGAGAAAAUGUGUAAGCUUACAUGUAAGACACUGAAUAAAAAACAAUUCAGGUGUCGAUGCAAAGUCAUGACAAACCUUGUUAACACGACGUUUUGUUUUGUCUGACUUGAUUUCCUCAGGGACUUUGGGGACGGAAAUUUCAUGCCGUGACAGAUUUUUGUGUUCUUAUAAAUUGCAGGAUUUCGACCAGCUUCUCAUUGUUUUUGGGGAAAAUCGGUCAUCGGGCAAUUACUUUCGAACCAUUUUUAAAGUUUUGGCGGGCUUAGGGCUUAAAAUAGCUUUCUAUCCGGAUUUUACUAUCUUUUCGAGCUGAGCUACUACAAUAUAAACAUUUAUAGUAGGCCUUUACUAAAAUAAAAUAAUUUUUUAUAUUAUAGUAGUAACAAGCCUUAUUAUAUGUGAUUUUUAAAUAAAAUAUGCUCUAAAUUUUAAAAUUUACUACUUUUUGACAUUAUGCUAGCAUGGUAAGUAACCGCUUAAGAGAUACGUUGUGCUUUUUGCACGUUGCUGUGCGGGAUGGAUAAUAUAAUUAAAAAGUUGACAGAACAAACCCAACUCUUCCGGCUGACUAACUCAACAUUUACUUUUGAUGAAUGUUCAAUUCAGCCUCAGGCAAAAAUAUAUUUUGGGGUGGAAUAAGGUUUUUUUCGUGCUUAAAAUAAUUUUUUAAAAUUAAUUUUAUAAAAAUAAAAAAUUUUGAUAGUUCCACCACUUUCUGACCUUUUAACCCAUUAUCUUGUCAUAAAUGUAAAAUUUAAAUUGUUAUUUCAAUUUUACUGAAUUUACCUUCGUUUUGUAUCUUUUACUAUAACAUAACUAUAAAAAUAAGCUGCAAAUGUUAUAGUAAACAAUAACACCCCUUUUCCAACCGAAAAUACACUUUUUUAAACCGCAAGAUAUGUUGUUCACGGCUAAUUAGAUCAUGGAAAUUUAGUUGAAAGGUUCGCGAAACAUAUGGGGCACUGAUAUUAUACCCGUCCUUCCAAAACACUUGAUAAACUAAUUAUUGUGUCAUUACUUUGGUCAAGAUACGAACAUUUCAGUCAUAUUUUUUGUUUUAAUGUAAAAAAAUUAAAAUUUCGAUUAUAACUUUAGUAUGAUUUCUGAAUCUUCCUAAUUUUAACUUUUUCUCUACAACAAUACAUAAAAUUUGUUACCUAAACUAAUAGUAACUUCAAUAAUGUUCUAUUUUCAGAACGGCCAAACGCCCCUGUCCAUCGCCCAACGUCUUGGCUAUGUUAGCGUGGUAGAAACGUUGAAGACCGUAACCGAAACUACCGUAAUCACAGAGACUACCACCGUGACCGAAGAACGCUACAAACCGCAGAAUCCGGAAAGGAUGAACGAAACCAUGUUCUCGGAUUCAGAAGACGAGGUAGACGAGCACCAACAAGCUCAACAAGAACAUGCCAAGGACUUCAACGAGAGCAUCACCCAAGGGCUGAAGGACUCGGCCGUGAUUCAUCUGAUUCACACUGGAGAACAGGGAAAGAACAGCACGUUCGACGCUACUGAUGCUGAUCUGGACGCGGUUAUUAAGAGGGCGCAGGUACUGUUUGUAAUAUUAUAGUACUAAGUUGUGGAUUUAAACAUAUUGUUUGGUCAAAAAGUUCGUAAAAAUCGCAAAAGGAUAAAAAAAUGUCUUAAAAAUGGUCAUUCAAUAAACUUUUUGACCUACAUAAUAACUCUCAUAUAAAUCUCUUACCUCUUUUCAUUAAUUCCCAUCUCUUUGCAGGCCGAACCAGUCACCACUGCCAUUCCAGACCCAACCAUUCUGGACCAUUCUGCUGAUGACAAUAUUAUCAUUGUCAAAGAUACCAUCCAGCCGAGGUAUGUUAUGUUAUUCUUUGCUUUACUGGCAUGCUUGAUUCUCUUCGCUGAAAGAAUAAUACUUUCGUUAUAGCUUAGGGUAUAUUAGAGUAGAUUUUUCAAGUUUUAAAGACCUAUCUAUUUUUUUGACCAUUUAUUACCUAAAAAUUCAUUAAAGGUGUAAAUUUAGCAAAGUAUACUCUGUAGAAACAAAUUUUACUAGAUUAACAUUGUUGAGCUUCAAACUUAACAUAAUACUGUUCAUAACUUAACCAUAGUAUAAUAUAUUAUGAUGGGUACUCAUAGUUGUUAUUGUUAUUGUAAGAAUAAAGUCUCACUGCUUCGAAUUUCACAUUCUUUUGCUUAUUUUACUUUAACUUCUAUUACUAACACAAUCUUUUCCGAUUUCCAGCAAGCUACACCUCAAGACGUAGGUUUACUCUGACAGUAAAUGUUGCUGUGUCAUGAUCGUACUUUUGGAGUGUUUAGCUUUGUUUAGUGUGAUAUUUGGCUAGCGAGAGAUUUAUAAAAAAUAAAAGAUUUUUGAGAGCUAAUGUGAAGUGAUUAACCACAGUAAAUUGUCUAUCGUCUAUAACACAAGCACGCUGAGAGAACGUUAAAAACUGUAAAACAAUAUAUUUUUAUGUCGAAAGUAGAUAUUUUAGUAAUUUUUUUCUUGUAAACCCACGUUUUCGAUGCCAAGAGUAGAAAUUGAUGUUGCUUUAGUAUUUCUCGUUAGUUUACAUCAACAUUUGUUAGUUUUUUGAUCAGAUACUGGUCGUUUGGAUGCCACUAAACUGUCAGAAAUUAUAUUAACCACACUUCUUUUGUUUCUCAUGUUUUGGCUAACAAAAGGUUAGUGCCAAACAUACAUGAUCAUGAGUAACAUAAAAAAUAACCCUGAACAACAUGAAAAGCAAAAUAAACCUCAUGAAUAACAUCCAAUCCUCCAAUAUUUGAAAUAAUAAUGAUACGUUAACGUUGCUUACCUUAACAUCCAUUUCAGCUUCUUAAUCUCCUUCCUGGUUGAUGCUCGUGGUGGAGCGAUGCGAGGAUGUCGUCAUUCUGGAGUCAGAGUUAUCAUUCCACCAAGAAAGGCAGCACAGCCUAUGAGAAUCACCUGUAGGUAUCUGAGAAAGGAGAAGUUGGCUCAUCCACCUCCACUAAGUGAAGGAGAAGCUCUGGCUUCAAGGAUUCUGGAGAUGGGACCUCACAGUGCCAAGUUCUUGGGUCCAGUUGUCCUGGAAGUACCACACUUCGCGUCGCUGAGAGGCAGAGAACGAGAGAUCGUGAUCCUCAGGUCGGACGAUGGACAACAUUGGAAAGAGCAUCAGUUGGAGGCUACUGAAGAUGCUGUUCAGGAAGUAAGUCCUCAAAUAUCUUGAAAAACAUUGAAUUUUGAUUUCAAAACUCGAAAAAACCCGAAAAAACCUUUCGGAACAAAAUUUUGUUUUUUGGGCGCAGCUCGGGCGAAAAAAAUUAAAAUUCAAUAUACAUUUUUUUAAGUUUAUUUUUUAGGUCCUCAACGAAUCCUUUGAUGCCAAUGAACUCAGUCAACUCGACGAUCUUCACACAUCGAGAAUUACUCGUAUCUUGACCAACGACUUCCCGAUGUACUUCGCAGUUGUGACUCGAGUUCGUCAAGAAGUUCAUUGCGUAGGACCAGAAGGCGGUGUUAUCCUUUCAUCCGUGGUACCUAGAGUUCAAGCCAUCUUCCCAGAUGGCAGUUUGACCAAGAUCAUCAAGGUUUCAGUCCAAGCUCAGCCAGUGCCAGUCGAGAUAGUGACCAAACUUCACGGUAAUCGUGUAGCCGUCUCUCCAAUCGUCACGGUGGAGCCAAGAAGAAGAAAGUUCCACAAGCCUAUCACUCUCUGCAUUCCAUUGCCUCAGUCGGCCAACAAGAGUAUGCUAACUCAAUAUACUGGCCAGCCAGGCCAAGAGCCACCUACCUUAAGGUUGUUGUGUUCGAUUACUGGAGGAUCGUCACCAGCUCAAUGGGAAGACAUCACUGGCACUACACAGUUGACUUUCACUGGAGAAGAGGUCAGCUUCACCACCACGGUGUCUGCCAGAUUCUGGCUGAUGGACUGUCAGACGCCUCGUGACGCUGCCAGAAUGGCUCAAGAAGUCUACAAUGAAGCCAUUGCUGUACCGUACAUGGCCAAGUUCGUAGCCUUUGCUCGUCGACCAUUCCCUCUUGAAGGUCAGCUGAGAUUGUUCUGUAUGACAGAUGACAAAGAAGACAAGACUCUCGAGAAGCAGGAAGGUUUUAUUGAAGUCGCCAGAAGCCGUGAUGUUGAAGUUCUCAGUGGCAGACAUCAAUUCCUUGAGUUUGCUGGAAAUCUGGUGCCAAUCACAAAGAGCGGAGACCAACUGGCAGUCUUUUUCCUGCCAUUCCAAGAGAACCGGCUGGCAUUCAACUCCAAGGUUCGUCAGCCAGAUGACCAAGAAGCCAGUUCGACCGGUCGAAUUGCGUUAAUGAAAGAGCCAAGAGUGCGAUCCGAGAAUCUGCCACCUCAACAUCCGAUCUGCACCUUGAGUAUCACAUUGCCAGACUACAGAGGUCCUUUGCCGGCUUUGAAGCCGAAUGCUUUGGACAAGUUGGACCCAAUCCAAGCUAGAUAUCAAUCAGCUUUGGCUACAACACCAACCGAGAGCGAUUUGGCCACUCAGAUGGACUUUGUGGCCAAGAAGAUCGACGCAGAUUGGCAACGAUUGGCCAGAGCAUUGGGAAUCCAUGACAGUGAUAUUAGACAGAUCAAGAAGGAAAUGGGAGGGCAAGAAGCCUUGACUGCUCUCAAGAUUUGGGUUUUCUUGAAGGGAGAGGAAGCUACCAGUGAGUUCAUACCUAAAUUUACAGAAUAUUCUCUUUCAAACGUGGUGAACUUAUUUUAAGCCUCAAAUACUAUAAGAGUUUGGGUAAACCAAUAUUGCUGUAUUUGAAAUGUUAGGAAUUUAAUUUUUUUAAACUAAAAAAUUGUUUUUUACAAAAAAUAUGUUAUUUUAACUUAUAAAAAUAUGUGAAAAAUUACAAACCAAUGUUAUUUUAGGUAUAAAAAGACUGGUUUACGCAGGGACGUCGCUACGGUUUUUCUCUGGGGGGGGAGGUCGAAAAAAUUUUUUUUUCGUUUUGCCGCGUACAGGUACCUACCUACCUGUGGAAUUUUUUUCGGAUCGGCUCUGGGGGGAGGGGACCACAAACGACGUCCCUGGGUUUACGUAUAAAUUAAUAUUUUUUAUAGAAGAAAGGUGUUUUUUAUGUUGUAAAACUACAUAAAUAAUAUAAAUGGACCUUUUCUUUCAGUUCCGGAGCUACAUUCCGCUCUCAGACGCAUCGGACGCGACGAUAUUGUGCACAAGUUGCUGAGAGGCGACUUGGACACGGAUUCGUUGCGUUUGAUCGACCAGUCGACUUUCAAUCUUCGCGGAUCUCAAAGCAACUCUCGGGCUGAUCUCGUGGAUCGAUCACGUAAGUUUUCCGACUUUGUGUUAUUGAUUUAGGGCUACCCAUAGGGUUUACAACAUUAUAGAAGCCGUUAUUACUCGUGCUGAAUGGUGUAGUACUGAUAGGAAGAAUAGAAUUAGAGUAAAACAAUACUACUAAUGUUAAGAAUAGUUUUGUUACCUAAAUUACCUAUAAUAACAACAGUACUGCUACCUAAAUUUGAAUGGGCGGUAAAAGUAUGUAAUUUUACACAUAACAAUCAGUUUGAAUGUUGACUUAGAUUAACACUAUAAUUUAACUAGGCAAUACAAGUAGAUAACACCAGAGUAACAGUUAAAAAUCCGUUUGCUGUGUGUGUGCUAACAACAUUUUAGGUAAUAAAUUUCCUAAAAGUAGUAUUUUCGUUCUUGAAUAGUUAAUUUGGUUGGUUUGAAGUGACAAGUUCCGUUUGUUUUAUUUUGUUUUAACCUUCCCAACUAAUUUACUGGGCUAUGGUGUAUAUUAUACUACACUGUCUACCCUCAAUGUCUGAUCCUUAUCUUUAAAUUGCGGUUCUCCAGUUAACAGAAAAUGGUUGCAACUUAACAAAACUAGGUUUAAAAGGUUUUAAAUUAACAAAACUAGAUUGGAAAUGCUUUGACUUUGACUAAAAGAACGUUUUACGAAAAAAAGGUCCAAUUUAUGUUAUAAUUGGUCGUUUAUGAUGUGUAAGACCGUUAAAAACUCUUUAACAAGCCAUAUAUUACCUAUUAUUUUCUUUAAAACGGUUGUGACUUUUGAUUACUGAGGUGGAGUGGUAUUAACAGUAAAAUUACAUAUGGUUACUGUAGGGUUUUACAUGUUUUUAGACAUAAACUCUAAUUUUUUGUCAAAGUAUGUCAAAAACAUAAUUUUUUACUAAAUCGGGUUUAAAAUUAAUUGAAGUUAAGCUUAAAAUAACAUGAAAACAAAAAUUGGUGUUACAGUAGGCGAUGUACGAAAAGUUACUACCGUAACCCGCACGGAACGUCGAGUCCAUCGUCAAGAAGGUGCUGAACCUGUAGUCGACGAGAAGGUGACUACACGCACGAUAGAAGACGAAGGUGCCAACGAGAUUGUGAGAGAACAUCACGGUCUACCAUUAACAGAAGAAGAGGCCGAACAUUGGAUGAGAGAUCCUUCUGAGCAUCCAGAAGCCGAAGACAUCUUCACCAGAAGUCGAGAGAGUCAGGUGGUGCAACAAUUCGAGCUGACUCCGGAUGGCGUGAUCGAAAGAAGAACGUUGAUCACACAGCACGUUAUUCCUGAUGUUGCUCAACAACAUGAACUACAGCAUGAGUUGAAUGAUCAGCCAGGCCAAGCGUAUCGUGACGGGAUUCCAGACGAUGUAGAUAACGAAGACAGUGUUAUCGUACAUCAAGAUGAACCUUCUGAAGAUCAGCCUUCAGAGGGUCAAUCUUCAGAAAGUGUCUUAGCAGGUGCUUCUGAAGAUUUAAAUGAAGAUCCAACACGAGUUGAACAACAAACUUCUGAAGUCCAGGAAUCUGAAGCUCAACCAGAAGCUUCUGAAGCCCAAGAAGAGUCAGAAGCUUCAUUACAACAAUCGAUUCAACAUCAACAAGACGUGGAGAAUCAGAAUAUCGUGGACUACAGUCCAGAUGCUCUUCCUCCACCUCGUGACGAACAAACCCCACAAGCUGACGACGUUGUUACUCAUGCUCAUCCAGCUCAGAUCGCUUCCUCAUCCGGUAAAAACUUGAAUUAACUUUUCCCGAGUUAACAGUCAAUGUCUCCUCGAGUCUACUAAGCUUUACUGUGCCGUGUUUUUGCCGUUUUUGCUUCUACUAGCGGAUUCUGAAGUUUGCGUAGAAAUCUAUUCUACUAUAAAGUGUGGUUGUGUCAGGAAAUGUGGUGCUAUUGGUACGCAAACUUUGGAAAAAGCUUUGUUAAUCAGGAGGGUUGAAGGGCUAUAGAUAUGGUUAUGAUAAUAUAUUGAUUAAUUUUUUGGGAGCUUAGCCCUUCAAUCUUACUGUAGCUUCUUUUGUGGAUCGUUUGCUUCUACCCAAGGAUAUUAGUACAUAGUUAUUGGAGUUAGGUAGUAAAGCAAGAAGAUUUUACAAAAUGACAUUUCAAAGGCUUUAGAGGAUUGGUAAAACCAAUUAAUGUUAAAAAGCUUGCUUUAUAUGUGUUUUAGAAAGGUUUUGCGGUUUUUUUCCCUAGAAUGAGCUAAAAAAGUUUUUUUUAGAUGGUAACAUACCGUUUUCACAGUUUGUUAAUUAACAUGAUGAGAUGUUAGAAAACUAGGCAUUUUUAAGAGUUUUUUACAUCUAAAAUUGUUUUAUUCAAAUUUUUUGUAUUAAUCAUAAAAUUAGGUAAUGAUCACCUCACUAAUUCACAUAGAACUAGCGCUUUUUGCCUAACACACAGGCUUGGACGUGGGGCGUUGCCCCCUGUGCCCGACCCGGCCCGGCCCCAGGGCCGGGCCAGGGCCCAUUUUUAAGAUCAAGUACAGGGCCGGGCAGGGCCCAUGAUUCUAACCGGGCAGGGCUUGCUUCGUGCCCGGUAAUGCCCUGUAAAUGUCCGGUAAUAAUUUUUUUAUAUUAUAUAUAAAAAAAUUAAUUUAAAAUUGUUGAGUGUCUAACAAGUAAUGUUAAUUACCCCGCUUUACUCCUGAACAUUUUAACUCUUUCCGACCUCAUCCCUAAUCCUUUUAUCCCUACCCGACUUCAGCCCCCCUAUUUUAACCCUACCCAGCCUCACCCCUGACCCUUUUAUUUCUACCCGACCCUACCUUUGACCUUUGUAGCCCUGUCCGAUCCUACGCUACCAUAUUGUACCUAAUAUGCCACACCCCGCCAUACCUUAUCCUAUCUACCAUACCAAACCCUACAAUACCCUACCAUAUUAUAACAUGCCAUACCCUACCAUACAAUACCAUAUCCUGCCAUAACAUAACAUACUACAUAUACCAUACUGUAUCAUAUCUUACCUUAUCCAAUCUUAUACAACACUACUGUGUACUACCCAUAAUUAGGGCAGAGUAGGUAAAUAAAGCAAGGUAAAUGGUAUAAUAUAGUCAGGUAGAGUAUGGCAUGUUAUAUAUGUUAGGGCAUUGUAGGAUUUGGUAUGGUAGAUAGGAAAGCAUAUAGUAUGGUAGAGUAUUGCAGGGUCAGGUAUGAUAGAUAGGAUAAGUUAUGAUAUGGUAAUGUAAAAUAUUGUAAUGUUUGGUAUGUUUUGUUUGGUAAUAUGAGUAUGAUAUAAUAAGUAGCAUAGGGCAUGGUACAGUACAGUAUGGUGUAGUAGGGUAGGGUAAUAAAGUCAAGGGUAGGGUCUAGUAAAGCUAAACAGGUCAAAGGUAGACUUGGAUAAAGCUAGAGAGGUCAGAAAUAAGGUUGGGUAGGUCUAAAAAGGUCAGGGGUAAAGCCGGGAAGAGCUAAAAGGAUCACGGGUGAUGUCGGGUAGGGCUAAAAGGGUCAGGGGUGAGGCCGGAUAGAUGUAAAGCAGUUUAUUUCACUUGUUAUUAGCUUUAUAAACUUAAUUUACAAAUGCCCUGUAAAACCCUGUAAAGCCCUGUAAAUGCCCUGCCCGACCCGGCCCUAAGGCCGGGCCGGGCAGGGCCCGAAAACUAAAAGCCCUGUACCGGGCAGGGCCCAAGCGGGCCCGGCCCCAGGGCCGCAAAUUGGGCCCUGCCCUACGUCCAAGCCUGCUAACACAUCAAGCAAACCACAGUAAUCGUAUAUCGGUACUACAAUAGUUAUAAUCCACCACAAUAUUCGUAUACUGAUAUACAAUAUCAGAAUCCCAACUUGUUGAUAUCACUCGUAUCACGUAACACCUCUGUUGAAGUGUCCUCUAACCUCCAUUCAAGUGUAAAUAAAGUUCUUACGGCCCAUUUUAGAGCCGGUGGAGCAGUCGGUGCGAGGUCAGGCCGAGCCUCAGCCAAUCGUCGAAGCGGUCGAGACCAUCCGCCACGCACCUCAACAACAUGAACAUCAGCUGCUGGAAGAGUCGUUGACCACCACCGAGUCAGGCCACGAGUUCAGUCCAGCCGUCCAAAGCGAGCCCGAGCCUCACGAUGAAGGUACAGAGUCUGUGGAUUAA